CCCUUUCGCGCUGCCUAGUUAUCUUCUGCUGUCCGAAACCUGCUUCGUACGCUGUUUAGUUCGAGAGAUCGCUGCCGGCUCCAGCACACCCAAUUGAAUCCAUCCAUCCUCGGCGUCCGGUAUUUGGAUUCCCGAGCGAAAGACAGAUAAAGAUGGGAAUCGAGGAGAAGACACGCGCGUCCGGGGACCAGCCCCGGGAGCAGAAGGGCGCCAUCCUCCCGACUGUAAAUCCCGAGGCCGAGAAGUCGCAGCCGGCUCCGCCGUCGCUGCAUCCCGCCUUCUACGUGAGCGUCUGGAUCGCUCUCAGCUCCUCCGUUAUUCUCUUCAACAAAUGGAUUCUCUCGACGCUCCAGUUCCACUACCCGGUCAUCUUGACCACCUACCAUUUGACCUUUGCGACGCUCAUGACCCAGCUGCUCGCUCGAUACACGACGCUGCUCGAUGGCCGCAAGACGGUCAAGAUGACGGGACGCGUCUAUCUGCGCGCCAUCGUCCCGAUCGGCUUCUUCUUCAGCUUGAGCCUGAUUUGCGGUAACCUGACCUACCUCUACCUCAGCGUCGCCUUCAUCCAGAUGAUCAAGGCCACCACCCCCGUUGCCGUCCUCAUCGCCAGCUGGGCGCUCGGCGUCUCCCAGCCGAGCCUCAAGGUCUUCCUCAACGUCUCGGCCAUCGUGGUGGGUGUCAUCAUCGCCUCGGUCGGGGAGAUCAAGUUCGUCUGGAUCGGCUUCAUUUACCAGCUCGGCGGUAUCAUCUUUGAGGCUCUCCGUCUCACCAUGGUCCAGCGGCUGCUGAGCUCCGCUGAGUUCAAGAUGGAUCCCCUGGUCUCUCUGUACUACUUUGCCCCCGUUUGCGCUGCCAUGAACUUUGUGGUUGCGCUGUUCUGGGAGGUUCCCAAGCUCAGCAUGGAGGAGGUCUACCACGUCGGCUUCUUCAUGUUUUUCCUGAACGGCCUCUGCGCCUUCAUGCUGAACGUCUCCGUUGUAUUCUUGAUCGGCAAGACCUCGUCCCUCGUCCUGACGCUCUGCGGCGUCCUCAAGGACGUCCUCCUCGUCGUUGCCUCGAUGAUCAUCUGGGGCACCCAGGUGACGGGCCUGCAGUUCUUCGGUUACAGCAUCGCGCUCGCCGGCAUGAUCUACUACAAGCUCGGCUACGACGCCAUCAAGGGCUACGCGGGCGAGGCCAGCCGGCAGUGGGCCGACUUCGGCAACCGCCGCCCCGUCCUGCGCCGCCUCGCGUCCAUCCUGCUCGUCCUCUUGACUGUCUUUGUCCUCCUGGGCGGUCUCGCCCCCGACGAUCUAGACGCGACCCAGUACCUGAACGAGGCCAAGACCAAGAUGGGUAUCUCGAAGCUAUGAGACAGGAUGGGGCAAGUGUCAAGAAGCAAGGCGAGGACGAUGGUGCGGGGGAAUCCCCUGGGCAUAUUUGUUUAAUUCCCCCUUUUCUCCGCCAUACGAACGAUUUAAUGCGAGUCCAAGC